AUGUUGAAUCGGCAGCGCGAUCGCGAAUUCGUAUUGCGGUGGGGUGGGUACAGAAAUUGGAGGGGUUGGACUGUUGUUGAGUGCUUUGAGGGCACUGCACUCUUGUUACGGGCGCUGCUUACACCCACCAAGCACGCCGACGCUCCGAGCAGCCGUGCCGACGCGCAGCAGCAGCAGCAGCGCGGCGCGAUGAAGUUCGACGUGAACGCGCUGCGGUACCUGUCCAAGGACGAGUUCCGCGUGCUCACCGCCGUCGAAAUGGGCAUGCGCAACCACGAGAUCGUCCCGUCGGAGCUCGUCGAGCGAAUCGCGAGCCUCAAGCGGGGCGGGGCGUACAAGGCGCUGAGCACGCUGCUGAGGCACAAGCUCGUGCACCACGACUCCACCAAAUACGAUGGGUACCGGCUGACGAAUCUGGGGUACGACUUUCUGGCCAUCAAGGCGCUGGUCAACCGUGGCACCGUUGCUGGCGUGGGGCCGCAGAUCGGUGUUGGCAAGGAGUCCGACAUAUACGAGGUGGAGGGACCGGAGGGCGAGGUGCUGGUGAUGAAGCUGCACCGGUUGGGGCGCACGUCGUUCCGCAACGUGAAGGCCAAGCGCGACUACCUGCGCCACCGCCGCGCCCACAACUGGCUCUACCUCUCACGCCUCGCCGCCCUCAAGGAGUUCGCCUUCCUCAAGGCGUUGGGGGAGAGGGGCUUCCCGGUGCCGGGAGCGGUGGACUGCAACCGCCACUGCGUCAUCAUGACUCUUGUCAAGGCCUUUCCUCUGUAA